AUCAGAAAACCAAUCAGUAUCUGGUGUGACAAACCAUUUGCCUCACGUCUCCUUCGCAUAGAGUUGAUCAGGCUGUUGAUUGUGGCCUGGGGAAUCUUGUCCCACUCCUCUUCAAGCUAUGCAAAGUUGCUGGAUAUUGGCCGGAACUGGAACACGCUGUCGUACACAUCGAUCCAGAGCAUCUCAAAUAUGCUCAAAGAGUGACAUGUCUGAAUUACACCAUUUCCCAGCAACCCUUCCUUUACCCGCCCUACAUUAAAAUGAGAAGGUGGAGCUACAAAGUCAACUCGGCGUUUCAUUGGUCGGGUGAGCCGGCGUAGGGAACACGCGACAACGAGAUCAUUCUUUCUUGUGCGUUUCCAACGUCGUCGCCGCUGCCGGUGAACAGGUACAAGACCGGUUGAUUUUUUUCCCUCAAGGUCCUCAGCAACCAUGCCCUCCGACCUGGCCAAGAAGAAGGCGCAGAAGAAGAAGGAAGCCGCCAAAUCCCGGCAGAAGGCCAAAAAACCAGGAGAGGACGGAGAGGGAGAGAUACCAGAGCAAGGCCAGCAGAAUGGAGCAGAAAGCAACGGAGUGGAUAUGAUGACUAAGGAGAUGGACGAGUUUGAGCUGAAGAAAACAGAGGCGCGGGCUGUGACCGGCGUCCUGGCGUCGCACCCCAACAGCACGGACGUCCACGUCGCCAGCUUGUCGCUCACCUUCCACGGGCAAGAGCUGCUGCAGGACACCAGCCUGGAGCUCAACUCGGGCCGGCGCUAUGGCCUCAUUGGCCUCAACGGCACUGGUAAAUCCAUGUUGCUGUCAGCCAUUGGCCACCGUGAGAUACCUAUCCCAGAGCAUAUUGACAUCUACCACCUGACCCGUGAGAUGGCGCCCAGCGACAAGACGGCCCUGCAAUGUGUCAUGGAGGUGGACGCGGAGAGGAUCCAUCUGGAGAAGGAGGCCGAGCGCCUGGCCUCCGAGGACUCUGAGUGUGAGAAGCUGAUGGAGCUGUACGAGCGUCUGGAGGAGCUGGACGCAGACAAGGCCGAGGUACGGGCCUCCCAGAUCCUCCACGGCCUGGGCUUUACCGCCGCCAUGCAGCAGAAGAAGCUUAAGGAUUUCAGCGGAGGCUGGAGGAUGCGUGUCGCUCUGGCCAGAGCCCUGUUCUUGAAGCCCUUCAUGUUGCUGCUGGAUGAGCCCACCAACCACUUGGACCUGGAUGCCUGUGUGUGGCUGGAGGAAGAGCUUAGCCAAUUUAAACGUAUUUUGGUCCUGAUUUCCCAUUCGCAAGACUUCCUUAACGGCGUGUGCACCAACAUCAUGCACUUACACGAGCGCAAGCUGAAAUACUACACGGGCAACUACGAUCAGUACAUAAAGACCAGGGAGGAGCUGGAAGAGAACCAGAUGAAGAGAUUCAACUGGGAGCAGGACCAGAUCAAACACAUGAAGAACUACAUAGCCCGGUUUGGGCACGGCUCAGCCAAGCUGGCUCGCCAAGCACAGAGUAAAGAGAAAACCCUGCAGAAGAUGGUGGCCUCUGGCCUGACUGAGAGCGUUUCCAAUGACAAAACCCUGUCAUUUUGUUUUCCUCCCUGUGGGAAGAUUCCCCCUCCGGUCAUCAUGGUACAGAAUGUCAGCUUCAAGUACUCUGAUGACCAGCCCCAUAUAUACAAGAACCUUGAGUUCGGCAUAGACCUCGACACCAGAGUGGCCCUUGUGGGGCCCAAUGGGGCCGGGAAAUCCACCUUGCUCAAACUUCUCACUGGAGAGCUCCUCCCUACUGACGGUAUGAUUCGCAAGAACUCCCAUGUCAAGAUUGGCAGAUAUCACCAGCAUCUUACUGAGCAGCUGGAACUCGACCUCUCGCCCCUGGACUACAUGAUGAAGUGUUACCCAGAGAUCAAGGAGAGGGAGGAGAUGAGGAAGAUCAUUGGCCGUUAUGGGCUGACGGGCAAACAGCAGGUGAACCCCAUCAGGAACCUGUCUGAUGGGCAGAAGUGCCGGGUGUGCUUCGCCUGGCUGGCUGGUCAGAAUGCCCACAUGCUCUUCCUGGAUGAGCCCACCAAUCACUUGGACAUCGAGACCAUUGACGCCCUGGCUGACGCCAUCAACGAGUACGAGGGCGGCAUGAUGUUGGUUAGCCACGACUUCAGGCUCAUCCAGCAGGUGGCCCAGGAGAUCUGGGUUUGUGAAAAGCAGACCAUCACCAAAUGGAACCGGGACAUCUUGGCUUACAAACACCAUCUGAAAAAGAAGAUUGACAAAAAUUCGCAUGGUGUAUAAAAAAUAUAUAUAUAUUAUUUAACAAAAAAAAAAAAACUCCCCAGAUUCAAGACUGUGGACUCCCAAUUUCCCAUUUCAUCUUCACUUGACUAUUUAUCUCAAGAAGCAUGUUGUUCCAUUUCUUGAUGCCCAUUUCCUUCCUGCUUAAAGCCUCUUUACAGACUGCUGGAAGGUUGUGGUGCGUCCUAGUUGCCUUCCAUUGCUUACCCCUUCAACAGGCAUACAUACAGUAUCUUAAUUUCUCUGAAUUAAAAAGUAUUAUAAAAAAUAUAUCCAUUUAAUGUAGUGGAGAACAUGUGCACUUUGUUUUUAAUUCACGGUUCAUGACCUUUCCUCAGAUCUAGGUAGGAUAUAAACUGCCUGCAGGGUUGGGUAGGUAAAAAUGUAAUACGUUACUAGUUACCUGUUUAAAAUUGUCAUCAGUAACGUAACUUUUGGAUUACCCAAACUCUGUAAUCUGAUUUACUUUUGACAACUUUCCCCUUUAGGAGGCAUUAAAGACAAACAUGAAGCGCAUUUGUCAUCGGCGGUCUGACUUGUGAGACUCGCUCAGGUGGAACAAAUUUAAACUUGCCCCCCACCCCCCAAUGCUGAAUUGUCAUUGAGAAAGGUGUCAUAAUGUUUUUUUUGUGAUCAUACUUUUAUCUAAAAAGUAAUCUAGUUCAAGUGUGUAAUCUGAUUACAAUAUUUUUGCUGGGAACGUAACUGAUUAGUUUUUAGUAAUCAGAUUACAUGUAAUCAGUUACUUGCCGCCGGUUUUUAGUUUCCUUUCACUUUUUUUUAAAAAGAGCUUUAUUAUAUUGUCAUUAUUUAACACUGUACCUGCAAUAAUGGGAAUGUCUGAAAUAAAGGAGCAAAAUAA